AUGCGACACUUGCUUCCAAUAUGCGCUUCGUUGCUUCUCGCCGAUCUCGCUCAUUCACUAACGUAUUCGUUUUCAUUUGAAGACGAUGAUCAAUCGAAUUUCCUAUCGACGUAUUCGCUGACGGCCCAAAUCAUUAUUUAUUUUCAUAAUGAUGGAAGCGCUCGGUUUACGACGACCGUCGCCAAUCCCUAUCCGCUUCAUUUCUCGUUAUAUGCAAACGGGAGAAACUGUGGGAUUGUCAUUGAUCAAUGCAGUUUUUUAAUUGGAAUCGGCGAAAAUAUGAAAAUCGAGAUUAAAAAAGCGAAUAUGGUUUCCGAUGUGGUCAAUUUUGUAAACUACGGCUCCGAAUCAAACCUCCAACUCGCGUUGGUUGGCUGUUCCCAGUAUCCGACGAUUACCUGUAUUUCUGGUGAGCAGUAUUCAACAGAUAGCCGUGGCAAAGUUUUCAAAGACACUUUGUGCUUCUGCAGCAAACAAAUUUCAUCUUGCACAAAGUCAACGCCGACAGAUGAUUGGUUCAACGAUCACAACGACGCAUGCAAAGACGAUAUCACGUCAGGCAAUAACAACAUCUACGAGCACGAGCUCAACAAGGUUCCUGAUCGAUUCACGACUCAACUGACUACAUCGACAACUACGAAAAAGCCGCCGACUACUGGAACACCAUCGACGAGCACGAAAGCGGCAAGCACGAGCUCAACAAGUGUACAAACAAGUACAACAACAUCGGAAUUACCGGCAACCGUCGAUCCAAACUCAAUUCCAACGCUGAAAAAUUUGAGCGAUAGCGGCGUCGGAAUCAAUAACGUUUCGACGGUUCUCAAUGACACGCUUUGGUAUUCGCAGCAAGGCGCCGAUUUGGAUUCGACGCAAGUCGGCGAGAUCGCCAUCAUUUUGAACAAUUGCGCCAAUUUGCGAGGACUCAGCGCUGAGAAUUCGAUUGGAAUCCUGAAGAAUCUUGACAAUGUGCUACUGGUCGACGACGAGACAAUGAGAAUGAGCGGCAGCUCAUCGGACAUGAUGUUGGGAAUGCUGCCAACGAUGGUGGAUAACACAAAAGAUGAGCAAAUCAAUUAUCUUGAUGGACAGAAUCUCGGAUUCACUGCGAAGAAAAUUGAUUGCUCGAAACGAGUCCAAGAUGAGGGAUUAUUGGACGUUGGAAACGUAUUCGAGAUUAUUAAUUCAACUGAUAAAACCUCAAAAAACUCGAUAAUGAUUCCUUUGAGUGAUCUUUGCUCGACAGAGACAGUGAGUCACGUCUAUUUCACCAUAUACCGAAAAUCGACAUUAUUCGUCGGACCACAAAUUUAUCGACCGUAUAAGCCGAAAUCGAAGACAAUCGCGGAAUCCGAUCAAAUUCGCUCAUUUUUAAGCGUCAUACGAAGAGAUGAGGUUGGCACGACAACUCCGAAUCCGAAUGAUCUGAUUCCGCCGUCGCCGUGCAAUCGACAAGUGGCACUUCCCGAGGCGCCGGUGAUGACAGCGACAUUAUUGAACAAUGGGCGGAGGGUUAGUCGAGCGACUACCGCCGACGCGCCGAUGGCAAUUCUACGAUUCAACAUCAGCGAUAUCAUCAAACCAUUGCACGGCAAUUUCAAGGUGACCUGGUGGGACAUCGGAAGGCAAAAGUGGGCCACCGAGCGGAAUUGCGAGAUCAUUUCCGAAAACGAUGGAAUCCUCGAAGCCAAAUGCCUUCAUCUAACCGAUUUCGCGAUAAUUGUGGAUGCCCUUCUAAACGAUCCGAAUGUCUGCAACACCGCGCUAAUAGUUCUAGGCUAUGCCGUGAAUUGUUUCUCGAUCGUUUCCCUAGUAUUCCUAACGGGUCUCAGUAUCACAUCACUGAAUAAAGCUCUUUCGAAAACGAGCUUCUACAACAAUUAUAUUCGAGCUUCAACCUAUUCUCGACGCGAUUACAUCACAUUAGCGUUUCGCUUGGAUCUCCUCCUAUUCUACAUUUUGUUUACAAUUUUCGCGAAUCAAUCGGUUUCGGGUGACAUGUGCACAAUGAUGGCCUCAAUAAUGUAUAUGAUGCUACUAUGCUCAUUAUUCUUGACCAUGUUUCAAGGAAUUCGGAACGCGCUCACCUUCGGCAAUCAAUCGCGCAACUCUUAUUAUAACAUGAUUACAUCACUUCCGGUAGUGCUCUUUCUGAGUGUGGUCGUCCCAUUCACCCUCUCAACAACACUGCUCGUCUUCACAACAUUCUUCGAUCGUCAAGACUGCUUCUGUUGGGUUCGACCGGACUAUAUAGUCGUUGGGAUCAUUGUUCCCGUCUCAUUGCUCAUUCUGAACUCAAUAGGAUGCACUAGCUAUAUUGUCUAUAAGGUCUUCUUUGGAAUGCGAAGGCGACUAAGCACUUCAGGAAAUCACCAUCAUGAUCCUCAUAUAAUUUCAAAAGUGGUCUCAAUCCUGAUUAUGCAAGUAUCUUUAGGACUACCAUGGAUUCUUCAAUUCCUCACCCUCUACUCACCAUACACCACAUUAUGGCAUUAUCUGUUCACCAUUGUGAUGGGCUCACAAGGCACAAUGCUUCUUCUAAUAUUCGCCUAUAAGACUUAUCAAUCUCGUCAAUGCUGCGCAAUUCGCGAUGCGACACCGCCGCCAAAUUUUCAAAAUGGAAAUCGACUUUCAGAUACUAGUACUGAUAGCGAUUUAAGAUCUUACUGA